CCCAGUCAUCGAUUGACUCAUUUGAACCCGUUCUUGCGCCGUCGUUUUCUCUUAUUGGCGACACCUUGAUGCCUGGGCUGAGCCACUCCCCGCGGUCGGUGCUCAUUGGCUGCAGGGAACUCUGGCUUUCGGGGUCUCAAAAGGGAAUAGCGCCUUGAACUGGGCUGAGGCAGUCCCCCAAGUUUUGACCUUCAAAGGUCUGCUUCGUCUUUUUUUUCUAUUUGAAAACAAAGCAAUUCACCCGUGCCAAAAGCGGCCUCUGCGACUGAAAUCGACGCUUGAUUACUUGCCUCCGCAAUCGAUUAUCAGCCUCAGGCCUGCCCUUCCUUCACUCUGCGGAUUCUCCUAGUCCAUUGCAAUCUCUAUUUCAGUCAUUAUGUCUACAGACCAAUUGCUCUACCCCAUGGAUUUCUCUGAUUGCCAGGAGGAGUGGCUCGAUUUCGACGGCCUCCUCCAGCUCCCCGCUGGCUAUCUAGACAGCCAGCCCACCUCGGUGGAAUCAAUAUCGCCCCGCGAUCUUGAUCAGUCAUUCACCGAUGUCGACUUCCAGAACUGGGAUGCGGACCCCGCUAUGUUCUCACAGGCUAUGUUUCCCGAGAUUGGGAGCUUUGAAGCUCCCAUGGCGGAUCUCGGACAGCCUCAAUUGGAUUCGUUCCAGCCCUUCGUCGACCCCAACGACGUUUUGCAACCGGCACCGCCUCAGGGUCAGAUGAUGUUUGACCAUGCUUUCGAUGGGGCUUGGGUAACUGAUAUUCCAAGCAUGGAAGCGUACCCGUCUUUCCGGCACAUGGUAGAGUCCCAGGCGGCUCUGGAUACGCGCUGCUUCUCUAAGAAGGAGAAGCGGCGCGACGCUUCGAUUGCUCUGCACUUGCAGCGUCUUCAAAAUGAUCCACUACCAGAGUUCGCUGCUUUUCCUUCGAACACUCAGCUUUCGUCCCCCGACUGGUCUGUAUCCUCGCUGGACGCCAUGCCAAGUGAGCCGUCCUACACCACCCCGAACACCUCUCCAGUUUCCGAGUCCCUAAAAUCUCCUUCACCAUCAUCUGGACCGGAGCCUGGUGCUGCAGGGAUGCAGCUGGUGCUGGACCUCAACAUGAACACGACCACGAACGUACCUCGAAAGCAAAAGCCGCGGUCAAGAGCUCAGAGAGAGAACUACAUCAAAGCUCGCAAGUAUGGAGUCUGUGAGAAGCAUCGCAAGCAGCACAAGCGGUGUAACUGCCUCGAGAAGGCCGCAGCAGCAUCUUUGAAUCCCACCACACCAGCAAGCGCUCCUCUAACCGUUAUACCCGGUUCACUCACCAACCACGAGAGAGUACAAUACCGUGCCUCGAAUCCGGGCUCCGGGCAGGGUCAAACGAGGUCGGUGAACGCUGGCCUACCCGCCGGAACUGCAUGGCCAUCGGUCAAGCCACAACAGGGCUUGGGUCUCUCUACACUCAAGGCCCACCCAUCCGUUUCACCUACGGGCCACGACAGAGCAGCUGCACCAAGCGCACGUUCACCUACCGCAAGUGGUCUAGGAUCUCUGAACACUCCGGCUCUCUACAGAGACAGAGAAGCAAACAAGCAACAAGCCCGACUAAGGUCGUCGGAAGACCGACCUCGCCAGGAUCUCGGCCAGAGUCCACGGCAAUCUGUGUACUCGCCAACCCAGGCUCAAGCGCAGACACCGAGCGCCAGCCCAGGCGCACUGAACAGACAGAGAGAUCCACGAAACGCGGAUUCACCUACCCAGACGCACGUCCAAAUAUUGCGUGCCAGCCUGGGCGCACUGAAGACACACAGAAGCCUACGCGACUCGGACUCACCGACCGAGACACCGACUCAAACAUGGCGUGUCAGCCAGGGCACAUUGAGCCAACACAGGAAUCUACGCACCGUGGAUUCAUCGACCGAAACACCAACUCAAACAGUCCGUGUCAGCCGGGGCGCACCGAAGCAACACAGGAAUCUACGCAAUGUAGAUUCACCUGCCGAGGCGAAUACCACCACGGCAUUCGUCAGCCAGUCCACGCUGAAUACCCGCAGCCGGGAAGACAGGAAUGUCUCUCGACAAUCAACACGCGUCAGUCGCGGCUCACUGAACACACGCAACCAAGGACACGCAUCCGCGAGCCUAGAAACCCAGACUCAAAAGCUGUGCACCACCAGCCGAGGCGCGGUGAACCCACAAAAUGCACAGAAUAUCGUCACGAGAAGACAAGGACAAGCCUCCACAUACCGUUCACCAAGCUCGAGCUCGCCAGCCGGAUUGCCCGCUGGCUCGCCCGUGCACAGAACAACCAUGGCUAUCCUAUCCUCGCUCUGGGAAAGUUCGAGAAACUCGUCCUCCUGGGCAGGAUAUUUCCUUCGUCGCCUCGCUGCUUUCUCUUCCGGAAUGAUCAUCGCUUCUAGGAAGGGAAUGGGGUUCUUUUGAACUCCCCACCCUGUUCUGGGUGCUGUAUCCGCAUUUGCAAUUUCGUUUCUCGUGUGCUGACUGAUUGGUGGCGAUUAGCGAUGUUUGUAUAUACCUAGCGUGCGUUGCGUUUGUUGUUGUCUAGCAAAGCUGAAUCUACGUAUUCGAUCUUGAUGCUUUGAGCCAGGUCUCGUUCCUUGUAGUUUCCUCCACUGACUACAUAGUCAAAAAGCAGGACAAAACGGCCUCCCAAACCACGGCUCAACAACCCUUUCGGGCGCUUUCCCCUCCCUCUUCUCCACCUUGACCAGAACCGGAAUAACACCCCCAGUCUCAAGCUUAAACACCCUAUGCCCAACCACGUUGAGUAUACUCGUGAUAGCGCCCGAAUGCGCCGUCAGCGAGAGGAUACUGUUGCUAUCCGUUGCAAAGACAUCGCUCAGGAAUUCGAAGAACCGUGCGUCGCGCGCAGAGUCGGAUUCGCGGAGCGUGGCGGAAUGCAAUGGGUCCUCUUCGCUGAAGCCUUCUUCGAAGAUGUAGAGCGGAUAGGCCUUCGCUAUGGCGGAUUUCGGGGAGCGCGCGUCGCAGGUGUGUAGGCCGAGGGUUUCGCGGAGGAGCUGGUUUUGCCCAUAUGUUAGUACCUAUGGUAUAUAUGUACCAUACAACGAGAUCAUUCUUCUGAGAGGAAGAAAAAAUGAAUACAAAGGGUACACACCUCCUUAACAACCGGCCGAAACGGCUCUGUCCCGGGCAACCCCACGCCCUCAAAGGUAACCCUUGCCGUCUCGCAGCAGCGCAUGAGCGGCGAGACAUAGUACGACUGCGGCGGUGGAAUCCCAUGUGCGAUCUGUGUCUUCCAUGCGUUGUGUGCUGUGCGCGCCUGCUCGAUUCCGAGAUCUGUCAGGUGGGCGUCGAACCAGGUUCCUGUUUCGUCGCCGUCGAGGAGGGAGUAGCGGCACUGUUACUCAAACGACAUAAUGGAUUAGCACGGUGCUGAUUCUUGAAUUCUUCUUAAGAUACGAGGAUCGUGGGGUUUGUGUUGGGAAUGGGGGAAAGAGAGUGGAGGGGAGACGUACAUCCCACAUGACAGUCCCAUACCGCGCCUCGGCGACAUUGUGCAAACCCUGACCGUGGCGGCCGAGGAAGAGGAGUCUGUAACUUGUCUCUGGUGGGGAAUAGGCGUUCAAAGUCUCAAUAUAGUGUGCUAGACGCUGCCAUUGAGUUUUCGGGCUCGCUGGAUCGAGGGUCUCGUCGGAGGGAUAGGUGUGGGAGAUCAGGCCGAAGUUUGUGGAGACCUAGGUUCAAGACAUGAGUAUAGCUAUAUCGCAAGAUAAGCACUGUUUUGUAAAGGGGGUAGCUCACAUAGUCGAAUGUGUCUGGGUCUGUCGCUGGGUCGUCCUGCAGGAAGAUGCCCGGGACUGUUGUGAAGUGAAAGUGGGAUUCGGAGUCCGAUUGCGGGGGAGGGGCUGGGAUACUCAUUUUGCGGGGUGGGUGUCGAGAAAUGAGGCUCCGAGUGAGCAGACUACAGGUAGGAGCUCUAGGGUUCAGGCUUCAGCUCGAAUAAGAGCUUUAAACACGGUCUCUAUUUCGAUCUCCGGGAUCUUGAAACUGCUGGUCGAGUUUCUAGCGGGGGAGGGUGAGCGGGGGCCAUGUUGGCGCUCAGGGGCUUUUCGGCCAUCGUGAGGUUAAGAAGAGGGUAGGAGAGAGGGCACUCUUACGGGUAUGUACAAGAAGAGAGGCAAAAUGUGCUAUCAGGUCAUAUUCGUGAC